GUUGACGCUUGGCGAGAACGCGACCGUGUGCUAGACGUGUCCGGGCCCUGGAUCCCACGUCUGGUGGCUUCCUCUCCUCUUCACCCCUUGACUCCCUCUCGCUAGCAGGCAACGCAAACCAGCCGGUGAUCUUCAUUCUCGUGUGCCAAGGAAAUGUUGACGAGUGAAACCUGAGGAGGAAACAAAAGAAAAAGUGUCAUUUACACUCGAAAACCCGUGAUUGUGCCUCAGCAACUUCUCAGUGUUUCAGUUUAGUUGGUUUCUCUUUCCUUCCUUACUGACAAGAGAGGAAAAGAUAAUGAAAGGAGAAUAAUAUUACCGUGAGCCAGUGUAAUAUCAUCCAGUGAUUGUAACGUCCCUUUGGAUUUCACGGUUUUACUUCAACAUUAUCAAAAGUGGAACUGUUGGCGAGUUGCCGCUUUGGAGUGUGUGUGUUUCAUGUGUCUUUAUCUGUCUGAAGAGCUCGGGAAGUAGUCAAGACAGCGAAGGCUUUUGGAAAAGAAAAGUCACCCGGAAGUCUGAUGUGAAUGGUAUUUGAUGAGUGUCGUUUAUAUAAGUGGACGCGCUGAGUCGCCUCCCGCCCGUGUGUGUGGCUGUUGCCAAAUCUCGAGGCCAUCACGAGGGGAGCGAGGGCGGCGCCGUGCGUAGUGUGCGUGGCUAAGUGGCGCACGUAGUUGAAUCUUUCUCUCACCCUUCGAGACCUACGCCAAAACAAUGAAAACUGAAAUUUAAAACUCUUGCCCCUGAGAAGGAGAGCUGAACACUGGAGCCUUGCGAGGCGCGGCUGAGGGUGGCCACGGGGUGCACGUGAGGCAUGGCGGCGCCAUCACACAGGCAGCCGUGACCCUAAUGCCGCUGAGUGCCAGCUGCCGGGGAUCCCGCGAGAAGGUGACGGACAGCAUCCACCUGAAGAUGCAGCAGCAUCCAGCAGCAUCUUCGCAGUUAUCCCAUGAGGACUGCGCCGCCGCCCCGCCGUCUCGCCGCUAGCGUUACCCUGAAGGUCGUGUCGCCGGCCAGCAAUGAGCGACGGAGUGCAGCCUGCAGACGCCUCUCUCUCCCUCUCCCUCUCCCUGUGCUGCAGCGCCGCCGUCCUCCGCCGAGAGCCGUGACAGGAUGCCGGCGUGGGCGGGGCUGGUACUGGCGAUGGUUUGCUCCGGCGGCGUCCUGGCUUUCUCCAGCCAGGAGAGAAGUCUGUGCCUGGACGCGCUACAGCCUCAGGUGCAGGCCAGGUAUGGCUUCUUACCCCACCCUGAGGACCCACUGCGUCCACACGGGCGGGGCGGCAGUCAUACGGCGAGGCAAGGUGACGCGGGGCAGCGCCUUCAAGAUCAUGUCUUGUAUGCGUCAUAUGACUUUGAUAUUCCCAAAAGUGACUCUCAGAGUGAGAACGAUACCGAAAGUAGCGACCAGGAGCACCGGGCGAGGCUGGAGGAGGGCGGCAGGGACGAGGGCCAGAGUACGGCGGAGGACGUGCUCAGUGUGGACUUUACGAUGCUGUCAGGGCGGGUGUUGUUGCCUGGGUGGUGGGCGUGCGGGGGCGGCGGCGACACCCUCCUGACCGUGGCCCUCGUGGCCGGGGACAUCCUCGACGACAGUGACAAGUUCAGUGAAGACAUCCGCGAUAUGUUCGGAGACAUAUUUUACUUCAAUAACAUGAGGGAGGCCGAGGCAGUGGUCGGUAUGGCUGAUGCGUUCAACCUGAGCAGCCCAGCCAGCGGGGCGUGGGAGGCCCUGGAGGAGCUGCGGUGGCUGUGGCACGCCCCCCACGGCGCCCACUGGACGCCCCACCUCGCUUCACCCCUCACCCGCCCGCGGUACAACCCCACCACCACCCCUCCCCCAGAGCCUAAGGAUGCCUUGCCGCCCCCAGGAAGCGCCUCUCUCGCAGCCUCCGAGUGCCUCUGUGACACAGACUGUGACGCGUAUGAUGGAGGCAGCAGCGGUGGCGGCGCGCCAUUGAGGCCUUACGAACAGUUCUUCACCCCGUCCAACGUGUCUGCCGACGUGUUCCCCGGCUGCCUCCACCCGCGGGUCCUGACGCACCACCUCCGCGACCCGUCCGCCUCGCACUGGCACGCCUUCCGCUACGCCGUCGACCACCACAUGCACCUCACCGGCGUCCCUCGCUUCCCGAGCCUCGCCGCCACCACCUUCCGCCUCCCUGCCGCCUCCUGCCCAGCGGCCCCCACGCCCUCAGGCACACACCACGCUGCGGCUGGGGGCCGUGUGGCCCUGGAUGUGACGGUACUGCUGCAGGCGUGGCUGGACGAAGUGUCGCCGUGGCGGAGGAGGACGUCGAGGAUCACACUCCUGUUCUUCAAGUCUGAACACAACCUCGGCGGCGGGGCGGCCGACGGGGCGGCAGGGGCGGGUCAGCAAAAGCCUCCCUCACACACCACCGACCCCUCCGUACCCCCCGUCGCCGCUUCCCCGGGGUGCCACACGUAUAGCCCCGUGCAAGGCGACGACAACACCACCACGCAGGGCCCCAGCGCUGCCCCGGGUGACCUUCCGCCCAGCACGUCGCCGCGACUCUCCGUCACUUACAGGAUUGACGGUAAGUGGACGGAGCGUUUUCUGUUUCUACGGGAGGGGAGGGGAGGGGAGGGGAGGGGAUGGCUUAAGAUCCGUCACCCAAGCAAUGAUGCCAAGUCCGCGAGUCCACCCGUGAAGGAUUAG